AUGAGCAUCAUCAUUCAUCAUAUCACCUUACUACUCCUCUAUUCAACUGUUCUUGAUUUCACAUCCUCCCUUUUUCCCCCAAUCCUCGCCAAGACCCAGCUGGCUGUCAACGUAAAGCUCGCCUACUGGUUGGUAGGCGGUCGGUGUUGUUUGGUUUCCGAUGGAAUCGGGAUCGGGGCGCGGAGAUCGGUCAGGCUAGCUGGCUGUUGGCGUUGUUGCGGUGCGACCCUAGGUACUCUAACUUACCCUCCCUCCCCUCCGCCUCCACCUCCACGGCUAGAAGGAACCAUGGGGGUGAGGGUAGGGAAAGAUAAAUAA